AUGCCGCUGAAUUCGCGGAGCCAGUGUCUCUGGAAGAUCGCGUCUCUGGCACGGUGCUCAAGACACGUGCCAUCAUGGACCCCUCGGGCUCUGCGGCGAUGGAUCCAUUACCGGCCUCUGGACGCGUCGAAACGGGAGAUACGCUUGUUAAGAGUCCAUUCAGGGGAGGCCUCCGCCCUAGCAGGCGGAUCAGAGACCUCCGAUGAUGUCGUCCGGUGCACGCUCAGUCACGUCUCCUUGCUCGAUACAAGAGACCACUACGCCGUUUUCCGAUCUGUUAUCGAUCCGACAACCCCAAGACAGGCUGUCUUAGACCAAUGGGUAGGCUACGUCACCCGGGCCAUGGGCGAAGAAGCUUCCGAUUCCAACGAUCAUUUCUUCCGGUACAGAUGGGGUGACUACAUGGCCCUUUCGUAUACGUGGGGGACGUCGCCCGUGACUCAUGAGAUCGUCGUGAACGGGCAGCGGAUGAUGGUUACCGCAAGCCUUGAAGGAGCACUUCGUGCGUUUCGCCUGAGCCAGGAACCCGGAGAGGAUUACAUGCUCUGGUGCGACAAGCUGUGUAUCAACCAGCAAGAUCUCGAAGAGCGUGGGCAAGAGGUCAAGCAUAUGCGCGAUAUCUACGGAGAAGCCCGAUCGGUCUUCGUCUGGUUGGGAGACGAGGCUGAUGAGAGUGAUGUAGCCAUAAUGUGGGCCCAGAUGAUCUACGAAGACCUCGAGUUGCGGAAAGAUGUUGUCGGAAAGUGGUUCUACAUGAUGGACAGCCUCAAAGAUCAGAACAUGGGGCUACGGGUACAUCUAGCGCUCUACAGACUCUUCCUGAGACCUUACUUCCGGCGCGCCUGGAUCGUUCAAGAGCUCGCUAUGGCCCAGAGUUCGCUCGUGGUGGGGUGCGGUACUAAAGGCAUCGAAUUGUUCAAGCUGUGCCGUGUAGCGCGCUUCAUAACGGAUAACUUCGACAGCUUCAUACAUCUGGUUGACGAGGGUUUUAGGCGGACGACUAUCGGCUCAUGGGAAUACCAAGAUGGUCUUGGUGUGACUUUGACCUUGCUUAACCGGCUUAACAGGCUACGUGGACUGGCCAUGGUACCGGAAGGCCAAAUCGAAGCCAGCCACUCGGCAGCGUACGAACAAAUUCAAGUGAUGGAGAACGCGGAUGCGAGUGAUCCCCGUGACAAAGUGUACGGUCUAUUGGGUCUGUUACCAACACAGCUCUCCUCAAACAUCAAGCCGGACUACACACUACCAGUGGAGAAGGUUUACGCCGACUUUGCCAUUUCUGUUAUUCAGACGACCAAAACCCUCGACAUCAUCCAUCAAGGCAACAAAAGUCUAAGACAUUCAAAUCUACCAUUAUGGAUCCCUGACUGGCGAUUACCGCAGGUGGACUACGGAAUAGACUUUACGGCCGCUCCAUACAACACCAGCGGCUCGACUACUGCACAUAUCGAACUUUCCAACAACUCUCGUCUACUCACCUGCAACGGGUUCCAGGUGGACACGAUCAACGGAAUUUCAGGUACGAUGUCCCCGCACGACACAGGAGAAACAGAAUUGCCUUAUACUGAAGAUGCCAUCCAACCCACCAUCACCAACCAUGCGUACGGCAAUGACGAAAACCUCGUCGAAGCUCUAGCUAGGACUUUUCUUACGGAUCAUACAUACAGGCAUGAGAAAGGAGCCAGCGUGUUCGACAUCCCAUGGCUCGAGGAAGACAAUCCCGAUAUGAAAGAGCUCCUCCAAGCCCUGACAGACCGUGGAUAUUGGCCAGCACUGUCCGACUCUUCGAUGUUUCAGGCGUUCAACUGCUUUCGGUGGGCGAUUGCGGAUUUCAGCAUCGGCGGCCGCCCUUUAAAAGAUUUCUUUCCCACUAUAGCGACGAUGCCUGCAUGCACCAAUCCGGCGAAGACUGUACGGAUCAUGCGGAAAGUAGUGUCCCGAUCUUUUACCUUAAGGCCUGUUGUCACGGACAAGGGCUACGUAGGUCAGGCGAGCCCACUUGUGGUUCAGGGUGAUGGUAUCUAUGUCUUGGAAGGCUGCAAGCUGCCGGUGAUUCUGCGCCCGAAGGGUCCGUAUUUCGAGGUGCUGGCGAGUUGUUACAUCGAAGGCAUCAUGGGCGGCGAAGCGAUGGAGUGGCUCAAGGGCGGUCGUUGCCAGCUCCGUGAGAUCACGCUCUGCUGA